AUGGUCCUGGUAGUCAAGAAGAAUGGACAAAUUAGAAUAUGUGUCGACUUUCAAAAUUUAAACGAAGCAUGUCCCAAGGAUGACUUUCCACUUCCUAUUAUGGAAUUAAGGAUAAACGCCACUACAGGACACGAUUUCAUGGAUGGGUGUUCAGGAUACAACCAAAUACGGAUGGCACCUAAGGAUGAAGAGCUAACCGCAUUUCGUACCAUAAAAGGCAUCUAUUGUUAUAAAGUGAUACCUUUCGGACUCAAGAAUGUUGAUGCCACUUAUCAACGUGCUAUGCAAAAGAUCUUUGACGACAUGCUCCAUAAAUUUGUUGAGUGCUAUGUUAAUGAUUUGGUGGUCAAAACUAAGAAAAUGGAAGAUCACCUGGAGGACCAUCGUGUAGUGGUCAAUCGGUUGAGAAAGUAUGACUUGAAGAUGAAUCCACUCAAAUGCAUAUUUGGAGUCAUGUCUGGAAAGUUCCUUCGCUUUAUUGUUCAACAUAGAGGCAUUGAGAAUGGAAAGUUGUUGCAAAGCAUAAAGUCCCAUACUAUUGUUGUUGUGUGCCUUAACUGUGAGGAAGAUGGAACAAAGAAUGAAGCACGCAUUUCAUUAACUUUUGUCCAUAUGGCUUUUGUAGAGCAUGAUUUGGCCUUAAUUGAUGGAAGUUCAUGGAUCAUUAAGAUCAGAGAAAAGAACUUUAAUCUAUUUGAUCCUGAAUGCAUUUUGAUUGCUCUGCUACUCACAGGAGGGAGGAUGGCUGUAGUGGUCACGAGGGUAACAGACUCACGUGGAGAAGAAGGAUGCAGUAGUGGCCGGGAGGGGAGGAGCUGCAGCAGUGGUGGGCAGGAAAAGCGCAGAGUUGAUAUAGUGGCAGUGAGGGAUGGGACUGCAAUGGUGGUGGGGCUGGUAAUUGUUUGGUGGUGUUGCUCUGUAAUUUUUCUACGAUCCCAAAUCCAAACAUAUUGGUGCUCAAUUUUCUAUAGAAAUGGUCGACGCCCCGAGGCCCAAGCGCAACCCCAACUCCAACCCCUCAUCGUCCGAAACAGUGGGAAACAACGACGAUCUCUUGAAUCAAAUCCUACUAUAUCUGCCGAUACGAUCACUCCUCCGAUUCAAAUCUGUAUCCAAACACCGGCUCUCUCUCAUCACCCACCCCACUUCCUCCACCUCCGAACCACCCAACCAAACCCCCGACCUUCCGGACUCUUCUUCUACCGCUAUUCCCACCAAAUCCAUCCUGAGUUCGAUUUCCUCUCUCUCCUCCAUUACGAAUCCCCAUCAAAACCCCCUUUCAAAGCACUCACUUUCGUCGACGAUCCCUCCGAUUUGCGAAUUUUACAGUCCUGCAAUGGUCUCUUACUUUGUCGAGGUCUCCAUUUAUACAUCUAUAACCCUACUACUAGUCAAUUCGCUACUCUUCCUCAACCUCCUCGCUGUGUUCUCGCACCUUUACGCUGUUACACUACCUUUUAUGCUUAUAAUUUAGCUUUUGAUCCCUCCAAAUCGCCUCACUACAAAGUUGUUUCUAUUAAUUUCUCUUGGGGAUUGCCUGAUCACUAUGAACUCGACAUCGUUUCGUCGGAAACCGGCCUCUGGUCGCCUUCCGCUGACCCUUUCAAUGGCGAUGUUAGUUUCAAUCCUGGUGUGUUUUGGAAUGGUGCUCUUCAUUGGAUUUCCACCUCUGGUGGCGAUUCUUUGUAUUUCAAUGUUGACGAAGAUCGUCUUGAAACGAUGCCGAUGCCUCCUAUCCCUGACGGUUGGGAGGAGAGGAGGCUCAGGUAUUUUGGGGAGUCUCGUGAUCAUUUGCAUCUCAUUGAGAUUUACGGUCCUCGCACUACGCAAUUCAAUGUGUAUGCGAUGGAGAGGGACUACCGUGGGUGGUUUGUCAAGUACCGGGUUGAUAUUGACGCGAUUCCAAAUGCAUUUCUGGAGAUGAUUCGUAGCUCACUUGAUCCGUCGGACUUGCAUUACUAUCAAUUUGUCAUACUGGGUCUUAUUCGGGAAGAGAAGGAUGAGGAGUCAUUUUUAGUGCUGCACAUACCUGGUAAGGUCAUAAGCAUCCGGGGAGAUUCGUUGCGUUUUGAUGUUGAUAAAGAGUGUCUUCAAAUAAUGCUGAUGCCUCCACUUCCAUCAGGCUACAAUCGGAGGUGGUUUAACUAUUUUGGGGAGUCGGGGUGACCAAUUACAUCUGAUCGAGAGGUAUCGUCCUCCAAGAACGCAGUUCAACAUCUAUGAAUUAGAGAGACGGUUCAGAGUGGUUUGUUAAGUAUCGAAUCGACCUUGGUUCAGUUGCUGCUGAAUUUCCAGAGAUGAUUCCAACCAGAACAAUUGCAGAGCACUUGAAUUUCUACAACUUUGUUAUACUUUCGGUUGUCGGAGAGAAACAACAGAUGGGGGGGAGUCGUCGUUCAUGGUGUUGCACAUAAAUGGUUAAGGUGAUGUGGUACAGUUUUGAGGAUAAGAGUUUUGGUGGAAGGCCCAUUUGUUUUCCAUUUAUUCUCUUUCUUGCGUUUGAUAUUGUUGAGACAAAAAGAUGGAUUGUAAAUUACAAUUUUUAUUUGUUCAAAUAAUAAUAAUACUGUAAUGAUGAAUUACAGUUUAUAAUUAAAUAAAUUUUAAUUAUUUCUA